AUGACUCUCUCCCCAGGUGUUUUACCCACGCAGUCCAGCAAUGCGGAGACUUGCUUCGGCAAUGAAGAAACACGCUCCAGCAAUGCGGAGACUUGCUUCGGCAAUGAAGACACACGCUCCACCAAUGCAGAGGGUUGCUCCGAGGAUCGCUCCAGCAAUGAAGACACACGCUCCAACAAUGCAGAGGGUGGCUCCGGCAAUGAUGAUACGCGCUUCAUCAAUGUAGAGGGUGGCUCCGACAAUGAAGACACGCGCUCCAGUAAUGCAGAGGGUCGGUUCGGCAAUGAAGACACGCGCUCCAACAAUGCAGAGGAUCGUUCCGGCAAUGAAGACACGUGCUCCAACAAUGCAGAGGGCCGCUCCGGCAAUGAAGAUACACGCUCCAGCAAUGCAGAGGGUCACUCCAGCAAUGAAGACACGCGCUACAGCAGUGCAAAGGGUCGCUCCGGCAAUGAAGACAUGCGCUCCAGCAAUGCAGAGGAUCGCUCAGGCAAUGAAGACACGCGCUCCAACAAUACAGAGGGUCGCCCCGACAAUGAAGACACACGCUUCAGCAAUGCAAGGACUGGCUCCGGCAGUACACCUUUUGGAGCCACAGCGUUCCGGCGGUUGAAUAGGUCGUUCCGGCAAUGA